CAUCUGGGCAGAGGGGUCCUCCUCCCUGGCAUCACUGGUAGGAUAAGUGAGUUCCUAGCUGGAGAACAGCAGCCAUCCAGCAGGAAAUGCUAUCACAUUUUCUCAAGCAAUCAGCAAGUUUCUUGCCCCCAGCUUUGCCAGAGGAGAAGGAAAAACUCCUGGGGUGGUUGUGCAAGGCAAACGCAGAACUGUGUAAACAGAGAGGAGAAGACAAUGCAGAGUUAAUGCUUACAGGAAUUUGACACAAAGCUUUGUCAUCUGUGGUUGCUUUAGGAGCUAAUAUCAUCUGCAACAAAAUCCCAGGCCUGGCCCCUCGACAGCGAGCGAUCUGCCAGAGCCGCCCUGAUGCCAUCAUUGUGAUCGGGGAAGGGGCACAAAUGGGAAUCAAUGAGUGCCAGUACCAGUUUCGGUAUGGGAGGUGGAAUUGCUCUGCACUGGGAGAGAAAACAGUCUUUGGACAAGAGCUUCGAGUAGGAAGCAGGGAAGCUGCCUUCACCUAUGCCAUUACUGCUGCCGGGGUUGCACACGCUGUCACGGCCGCCUGCAGCCAGGGCAACCUCAGCAAUUGUGGCUGUGACCGAGAGAAACAGGGCUACUACAACCAGGAGGAGGGCUGGAAGUGGGGAGGCUGCUCUGCGGAUAUCAGAUACGGCAUUGAGUUCUCCCGGAGGUUUGUUGAUGCCCGAGAAAUCAAAAAGAAUGCCCGGAGGCUGAUGAACUUGCACAACAAUGAGGCUGGAAGAAAGGUCCUUGAAGAGAGGAUGAAACUGGAAUGCAAGUGUCACGGAGUGUCGGGCUCCUGCACGACCAAGACCUGCUGGACCACGCUGCCGAAGUUCCGCGAGAUCGGCUAUAUCCUGAAAGAGAAGUACAACGCAGCGGUGCAAGUGGAGGUGGUCCGGGCCAACAGGUUACGGCAGCCAACCUUCCUGAAGAUCAAGCAGAUCAAAAGCUACCAGAAACCCAUGGAAACAGAUUUAGUGUACAUAGAAAAGUCGCCCAACUACUGCGAGGAGGACGCUGCCACGGGGAGCGUCGGCACCCAGGGACGGCUCUGCAACCGCACCUCUCCCAACGCGGAUGGGUGCGACAUGAUGUGCUGCGGCAGAGGGUACAACACGCACCAGUACACCAAGGUGUGGCAAUGCAACUGCAAAUUCCACUGGUGCUGCUUUGUCAAGUGCAACACCUGCAGCGAGCGGACAGAGGUGUUCACCUGCAAAUAACGGCCCGGGCCUGCCAGCGGACCGGACAGACUGCCAGGGGCGAAGGCGGCGGAGGAGCGCAAAUGACGACAGCAUCGUUUUGCACAUCUAACCUUUGGGAAAGCAAACCAACCAACAGCAACGACCAGACCCACAGCCACCACUCCCCUCCCACCCCCUCCUUUCCCCUCCCAGCUACUUACACGUCUAAGGAUGGUGCAUUUUUGCUGGCUGGCUGUUGCAACUGCUUUGGAAACGAGGGCAACAGGAGGAAGGUGAUGUUGACCACACAGGAAACUUUCUGUUUCUUUCUAGUUUUAUUUGCUUUUUUAAAUGCAAUCCUGGGUGUUGUAGAGCUCUCCUAGGAAGUGGCUGGGGUUUUUUUGUAAGUUAUACAUAUCAGAGGAGCUGAUUGCAUUGCAGCUGAUUGCAUUGCAGCUCUAACCACGUUAGAAAGCAAGAGACACUUUCACCUCUUUUGCAACAACAAAGCCGCCGAGCCCGGUGCAAAGAAAUGUUUUGUUUCUUGUCUCUAAAGGAAAAGGAAUUCUUCACUGACCAGAACACUGCAGUCUUGCUGCACAAAAAAAACCCACAAACCAACAACCCCUCCCUCCCCAAAACCCCAAACCCUAAAUGUUUAAGAUAGAUAGGUAGAGAGAAAGCAGCUGGUAGGGAGAAAAAAAGAACAAACCUGUGGCAGAAAUACUCCACUACCAGUUUGGGGGGAAAAAAAGGAACCCCAACCCAAGAGCUUUGACAAAACCAGAUCAGCUGCCAGUGACACUGGACCUCUUUAAUGAACCUUAAAGAGUAAUUAUUUAUGUUUUAAUAGUAUCACAAAAUUCUAAGCACUAACGGGUAGCUCUGUCUUCAUUCUGUACUAAAUGUAAAUUACUGGAACUCCUGACUUCUAUGCUUUGUUGGGGUUUUUUUUUGGCUUGUAUUUGGUUCUCCCUGAGUUCUUCAAUGCUACUGAUAUGCUGUCACUCCACUAUUGGAGAGUUCAGUUACUGUAGGCCUUAAAGCAGCCACCAGAACUGAGCAAAACAAAAGAUCUCUCUCUCUCUCUCACACACACACACACCCAGACCCAACUCUGGUUACAAAUGCUUGACAAAAAGCUUCUCCUGCUUGCCUCCUGAAUAAGAAUGACUCCUUAUUUUAGACUCAGGCUUGAGGUGUGGAGCAGCUGCUCAGGUCCUCAAAGGGAGCUUUAGGACACAAAGAUAUGCUUCGAGGAGUAGCCAAGAUUUUGCUUUGCCUUCAAACACGCUGGCAGGGUCUUCCAUGGGUUGCAUUUUCCCUCGAGCAGUCGAAAGUUGAUGUUCUCAGUAGUUUCAAAUAACCCAGGCUCGGUAUGAACCGAGAAGUUACUAAGAACCUAGCAGCUGAGCUGUAGGUUGCUGCCUCCUGAGAGCUGUGGUGGCUCCACGAGCGUAGGAAAGCUGAAGGCGGAGUUAGUCUGCGUCAUGGUUAUGCCAAGGUUGGCAGUGAUGUGCCCCCUGGUAAGUAGAUGAAUGUUUAGAAGGAAGAUGACUUUUUAAACCAUCACUCACUUCUAACUCACACCCUUUUCCCCCUAGGAGAGCUAUUUAGAACCUCCUCAGCCCUUUUACUGCUGUAAGCUCUAGUGUUUGUUGAGCUCAAGCGCCCACUCCACAGCACACCUAGCCAGAUCGACCUUUGCUUGUAGCAAAGCUCCCCUCUUGAUUUGCUGGAAGCUUGGAUGAAAAAUGUCCUCAUGUUUGCAUACCUGCAUUUCUAGAUUCUGUUCCAUUUCAUGAUUGAUAUAUAUAUCUCUAUAUCUAUUAUUGAGGGGGUGCACAGCCAUGAGCCCACCCUGCCUGACACGGGAGCCCUUGCCACACCACACAGUGCUCCUGGGGCAAGGCAGCGGUGGAGCUACCACUUGGCUGGCUCCCGUGUUGGGUAUGUGAAGGAGCCAGGAUUACCUCCCUAACUUAGAGGCCUGUGUUAGCAGAACUAGCUAAUUGCUUAGGGGAUCUCAUUUGACCACUCAGGAGGAUGUGCCUUUCUGACCCCAAGCACUUACCCUCUGGAAAACAGACCCUUCUGAUGAGUGCCCCAUGGAGCGAUCCAAAACCGAAGAGCUCACUUUCUGUGAGCCUUGGUGUGAGCGAGUGCACAGCUGCACAGAAGCCAACAGGGCUCUCCCUUCCCCCAGAAAACCACACCCACAGAAAAGCUAAUCACCCCAUACAAUUCCAAGCCCCUCUGACUCCUGGGUAUUGUUGUUGAAUGGUAGUGAUAUACUGUACUUCCACCACAUCCUUGACAGGAAGCAAACCAAGCUCCCAAGCACAGUAAUGCACAGUCUUAACGGUACUAGAUGCUGUAAAUAUGUUAGAGUUAGUAACUGUUGAGUACAACUGAGGAAUCCAACUAAGUUAUAUUGUUGUAUAUCGUUUAAAUGUCUAUAGAGUAUUUUAAAUUAUUGUGAACUACACUGCAUUGAAAAGGAAAAGAGAGAGGAAGGAAGAAGUCUCUGUAUUGUAACACCAACCACUCUCAGAAGUGGACCAAAGUGAUGCUCUCUCGCUCUCUCUCUCUCUCUCUCUCUCUCUCUCUCUUUUUUACAUACCCCUCUUUGCAAAUAGCUCUGCCAGCUACUGUAACACCCUGGUAACAGCCCUAUGGAUGGAUUAGCUGUCUAGGAUAGAAUGUUUCAGAGCAUCCUAUGGAAGUUUUGCUCGUGCAGGGGUGCAGAAAGGUACUGUACGGCACAAAGCAGGGGCUUGGCCACGGGAACGCGUGGACUUGGAACUAUCACCAACCAAGAUGGAAACAGGUCGGGUUAGGAAACAACCAUCCCCACUGAUGUACUGAAGCAUUCCCCACCCCUCCAAUGGCAACCUUGUAAGGAAGGUGUCUAGGACCAGAAGUGGGUUACACACAACGUUUGUUAUUGUUGUUAACUCUGUUUUUGUUAAAUGUAGUUGGGUGUUAAGGAACUGUGAUAGUAGAGGAUUGAAAGCCACCAGCAACACGAAGUGGUUCAACCAGGACAGUGACAAGGCUCAAAACACUGUAUGUGAUUCAAGGGUUUGAAGAGCUAAGAUUCAUUUGUUUACUAUGGUAAUGUCUGAAUGGCAAGCAGAAAAAAAGAAAGAUGAAAUGUGUUCCCAUUAAAACUUAACUUCUCCCCCUUUCUACUUA